UUGCAGCCGGCAGUCAGUUUCCAGCAGAACACCAUUCGUUUUAGUCUAGCAAGUGAAAUGGUCGUGUGCAAUUAUUUUUCACGGACCAGUUUAAUUUAUUACGUUUUUGACCGAUAAAGCGAGAGUACUCAUCCGUUGUUCGUGCCCAUUGUCGUAUACGAGAUCGACUAUAUAAUAUUCGAGUGAUUUCUUUUCUGGUGGAAAUUAUUAAAUCGAAAAAUGCCGUUGGAUCUUGUGACUGCCACUGCAUCGGUCGCAAGUUACGAGACAAUCGGAGUACGCUGAGAUUAUAGGACAUCGAUGUAGACCUGAAAUACAUUCGAUGGUAUGAAUUGUGACAUAAAAGUUUCAAAAAUAAUAUGCAGCUAUUAUUCGUAUUAUUUUUACUCCCGUGGAUGCUGCAGCCGUCAAAAAGCGUUAAGAUCAACGAGACGAAUCUAAUUGAAUAUUUAACACCAUCGGAAUGGAGGCAAUUAGUAGGACCCGAUGCAAGUCAACGUUUUGGCGUAACUUACUUAAAUCAAAAUAUGCCGAGAAUUGGACUGGUCAAUUUUACGUCUAAUCGUUUCGGUCGUAAAUUCCAAUUGGAUUUGCGAAAAAAUAUCGAUCUAUUCGACGAUAAGUUUGUUAUACUGAAAAGAACAAACGACGGGAAAUCAGAAAUCAUUGAUAACGAAUGGAACGAUGCCGGUUGUUAUUAUCAUAGUUUUUCACCGCACGUAGCUGCCCUCGACGUCUGCCACGGAUUGAGGGGCAUCCUCAAGUCUGACGAGGACGAGUAUUAUGCAAUAAGCCCGUUACCGGAACGAUUUCACGGCUUAGAUGAAACACCGCACGUAAUUGUCCGACUAGAAAACGCAGUGAAGCUAAAACACUCACUUGAAAAAUUCAUCAUUGUGAAUGAACAUGACGGGUUGCCUAAAACUCGAACGAAAAGAGCUGUUUGGCCGCCAGCCGUGCUAAACCUGGAGAUAGCGAUUUUCGUCGACCAGGAUCUUUACAGGCUUAUGGCCAUUAACUUCGAAUCGAAUACCGAAAAAGAAAUCAUUCGAUUCGUGUUGGCCAUGGUGAACGCUGUUGACUUGUUGUAUCAUGACCCGUCGCUAGGCCGUCAAAUUAAUUUUAUCUUGAAGAGACUGGAGAUCUUACAUUCAGAUCCCGAUGGACUGUUCAGAUCUAAUGAUAUAGAUCGGUUUCUGAGCAGUUUUUGUAAAUGGCAGCAAACCGAAAAUCCACCGCAAGACUCGGAUCCUUUGCAUUGGGACCACGCCAUUAUACUGACCGGCCUCGAUUUAUAUGUGACCGGUAAAAAUGGUAAAAUCAGUAAUCAAGUGGUAGGUCUCGCUCCUGUUGCUGGCAUGUGCACGAAGACUAGUAGUUGCACCGUGAACGAAGGUCGUCAUUUCGAGAGCGCUUACGUAGUAGCGCACGAAAUCGGACACAAUUUGGGAAUGCGUCAUGACGGCAUUGCAUCGGAUAACAACUGUGAUCCGACAAGUUACUUGAUGUCACCGACCCUUGGAAGUGGUAAAAUUACAUGGUCUACGUGUAGUCACGAGUAUCUAGAGAAGUUUUUACAGAGUUCACAAGCUGGAUGUUUAUUCGAUGAAAGUGGUACCUCUGAGUAUCUGGACCAUAAGCAACAAGGUCGCUUGCCCGGCGAACGAUUUGACGCACAUGAGCAAUGUGUGCUUAAGUACGGUAGAGGUAGUGUACACGCUAUUAGUCAAGACUUGGGUGAAGUUUGUCGGGACUUGCAUUGUCAACGUGACCGGUACACGUGGACAUCGCAUCCCGCAUUAGAAGGAACAUUAUGUGGCCCAAACAAAUGGUGUAGAAGCGGUCGAUGCGUGCAUAAAGGUUUGUCUGCCUUACAAGCCGGAUUUGCGCCACACCAAAGUAUCGAUGGUGGGUGGAGCGAUUGGCAACCGUUCUCGGAUUGUGCUUCGUCUUGUUUGUUGGGAGAUAAAAACGAUCUCAAUAGCGGAAGUACCGGCAUCAUGACCUCACUGAGGAGGUGUAAUAAUCCCAGACCAGAGAAUGGUGGAAAGACAUGUUCUGGUGGUGAUCAAAGAUAUAAAUCGUGUUCAACAGAACAGUGUUCUAACGCACCUCAGCUUACUCUCAAAGAUUUCUCAAAUGAGAUUUGUUUAAGAGCUAAAGAAUAUGAUAACGAGCUCUUGGGAACUGGUUUUCAAAAGAUUAGCUCUGAUCCUAAGGACGCGUGUACUGUUUGGUGUCACAAAGAAAAAGGUGGAAUAAAAAGUCGAGGAUGGUCUUUUCCGGAUGGAACUACCUGCCACAUAAAAAAAAAUAAGAAAAACACUUAUUGUAUUGGAGGUUAUUGUAAAGAAUUCGUGUGCGAGAAAUUAGCGCCACCGGACUCGCUGCACGUGGAGUCGGUGAAGGGAUGCGAGCCAAACGAUUCUUUGCCGCCGCCGCUGCCGAGUCGUUUGAGGGCACCGUCCCGGCCGUUGCCGCUUUUGCCACCGGAGUCCGGCGUCAUCGGAUGGAAAUGGCAGCCAAUCUCCGUGUGCCAUUACAGUUGCAUGAUGCCGGGCGUCGGUCUGAAGCUGGUCGAAGGUCAAACGUGUGAGGACUGCGAGCCGCUCGUCAGCAUCAAGGUUUGCCGGCCGCAGAAAGACCAAUGCAAAUCGGGUUUAAAGUCCAUAGUGGAUUACGCGACCACGAUAUGCACCAAGUACGGUCAAAAAGUGCAAAGACUUUCCGGCUUGGGAAUGCAACUAUCGUCGGUGCCAGAAGACAUGGACCGGCCGUGCAGAUUGGCUUGUCAAGAUCAGUCAGUACAACACAGGUUUUAUAUCGUCAACGGUGAAGUCGGUUGGUUUCCUUUCGGUACCGAUUGCGCCCGAGGCGAUCCCGACCGACGUGCGUUCUGCUUGAGUGGCAGGUGUUUGGAUUUCGGACCGGAUAACAUGCCUCUAUCGGUUGAAGAAGUUAUAUCACAUAAUAAUUUCAGUUCAAAUAACCGUAUAAAAAGAAGUACACAAAUGCAAAAAAACGAUUACUCAGUACAAGAUAUCAUAAAACAGCUUUUUAAUAUAAAAAGAGAAAAAAACAAAUCAACUAACUUUUUCGACAACAUAUCCCUUGACUUGGACAACCCUGUGGAUUUUCAUUAUACAUAAGCAUAUCAUAUUAUAAAGACUAUAUUAGUUUUAUAUAAGAAAUAAAAAAUUAUGCGAUCAAUCAAA